CGGACAAUGCAGCCGGCGGCCGUAAUUGCCACAAUGGCAGCUCUGCUUGUAGCAAACGGGACCUACUCGGUGCUGGAUAGCCUCUGCUGGCACCUCAACAACGUUACUGAGUCUGGGAGAAUCGAUAAAUUCAGGCGCGUUGAAGAUUUGGUGCGAUGGAACUACUGUGUUGAUGAAGUUUGGCCAGCGAAGAUGAGAACGUGCGACAGCUCGGACCAGCCGCUCCUCGCGUGGUCAGCUGCGCAGCGCCUGACAGACCACAUCUGGGACUCCGGACUGUCGCCGCCGCCAGCAGGUGGAGCGGAGGAGGGAGGGGGGUGCGCCGCCGCCCUGGCGCAGCUCCGCCGCCUCACGUAUAACGAAGCCUGGGAACUCGUCCAGAAGCUCGACUGCCAGAUCGCUGACGACUGUAUCGACUCCCGCCGUGUACCGAGGUUGAACAACAUGGAAUGGAACAUGACAACGCUGCAAACGGCUGAUCUGAGGCAUCAUAUCCUGUCCCAGUCAGCGCAUGCUGUUCGGCGCAUCACAAGAGCCACAUUAAGCAGGGUGAGAUGUGAGGCGCGGCGUCUUCUUCAGUUUAAGUGGAGGAAUAAAUCUGAUCUGCAGGUCCAGGCGGCUGUUUUCCGGAAAGGACUCUCCAGCUACUGGCGGGACUUGGCGCCGCUGCUCUCACUCGAUGCGACGCACGCCCCACAGCUGUUGGUUCCCCUCGCAUUCGAACGUAUGGGUAACCACACGAGUGAUGAGCAACUCCACGGUUGGAUUAAGGACAUGGAACGUGUGAAAGACAUGCUGCGCACGAAAUCAACCGGAUGGUUACAGGACUUGCAAUUCGCCAACAAACAGGUGGAGCACUACGAGGUGGAAGAAGACAAGGACAGGCCAGGGCACUUGAUACUCAGGCGGCCGCUGUUGAGUGAACGCCUGCUGGGCUAUCAGCCGUGGAACCUCUCCUCUGACGACGACUUCAGUGCGCUGUGCAAGGAGCGGCAGCCAGAGGCGUCGCAAAUGUUCAGCCUCGCUGACGAUCUGUACGCCUUCCAUCGUCUCUACUGGGCCACUACAGCUGAGUACAUCGAUUCAGUCUACGUAGAUAGCUUGAAGAUUGUAG